AGAGUCGUAUUUAAAACAUGAGCAUGCAAAUUUUGACCCUCAAUGACUAGAAAAGGAAUCCUUUUUUUUUUUAUUUCUUUUUUUCCUCUUAUAUGAUUGUCAACUCCGUUCACAUUCCUCUUUUUUUCCAACCUUACGCAAUUGUGCAGACCGAUCAAUUAGACGGAUCUAACCCAACAAAACGAAAAAUUGGAUCGAGAUUAGAACCAAAAGUAUGUACCCGAAAGUGAAAGCUAACAACGAAGCUGUUAAUUACAAGCAGAGGGGUUCUUGUCUGAACUCGAACUAUCUCCAGUCUCGUGUGUCUGAGAAAGAUCAAGAAGAUGAUUUGCAGAUAUAUGUGGCUAAGAUUCCAAAGAUUUACAUACCAAGUGUCCUCAUCUCUGUAUCUGAAUCCACAGAACUGAAUAAUAAGCCUAUCAGAGGAGCUGACAUUGAAGUUAAACACAAACCUAAAGCCAGUCCGAUCCUACGCCCACGCGCUGUUGUAUCAAGUCCCGAUAAUGAUGCAAUGAUCGGCAACAUAAACAAGAUUGAAGAAAGAAAAGCGAAGAAAGUUUUAAAGAGUGAUGAUCAUAUCAAGAGCAGAGCUUCUCAGCGUAAGAAUGUUAGUACUACUACCAAUGUGAAGAUUUCUCAUCGUAUAGUCGCUAAGCAAUCGGGAGUCAGUUCAAAGGGAUCACAAAUGAUCUAACUUUUCUAUAUUGAUGCCUCGCAAGAUGGAACUAUGUAUAUACAAACUUCGAUUUAUCAAUGUGAUUACAAAUAUUCAUAAUAUAAAGAAGAAGGAUUCUCGUAACAGCAAACCCUAUUACUGCGUCAGCUCAGCCUCCACAGUACAGCUUCAUCACACUGCUUGUUUUGUUUCCUCCAAACGUGUCAACAUUGUAAAUGCAAAGGAUGGCUUCAUCAAAGGCGAAGAAGGGACUUCACGAGAUCUUUCGCCAUGUGAUGAGAAACCAUCAGAAUACUUUAGAAAAAACUGUAAACGCAACUAUGUCAAUAGGUGAAUCUUCAAAAACAGUAUCAUCGUCGAGUGUAAUGCCGCAGAUUCUCUCAUCGCUUAAGUUUUCCAACGUUGAUUCGUCCAACACUGGUCAAGGUAAACUUAGUGGUAGUAACCAUCUUCGAACAAUACGGGAGUCACGUUGUAAGGUGCAAACAGAUCAUUACCAGAGAAAAGGGUCAUAUGCUAUGAAGAAGCUUCUGAGAAGAUCUGAUCAGAAGUUUUGCGGUGAGACUAUGUUUGGUUGGUGGCCUAUAAUGGGAAAAGAAGUUGGUGUAAAUAAAUACAGCACACUGAUUCAAAUUUGCAGACAACGCGCGAGGAGAAGCAAUGAUGUAGAGUCUGCUCUUGGUCACAUUGGGAAGGCUAUUGAGUACCUUAAAGAAAUGAGAGGAUUCACUAUAGAGAAAAGAACUUAUGAGCCUUUUCUUAAGUUAUUAGUAGAUAAAGGAAUGGUAGAGGAAUUCCAAAUUUCCAAGGAUGUUAUUAGAGAUGCAAAUCCUUAUGCUUCUUGGGAAAAUUGGCUACUAUGAAAUGCUUCUUUGGAUCCAAGUCGACGACGAAGAGAAGAUCCACGAAAUUUGCAGUACAAUUGGCGAGAGUAAGACUAGUUCAUCAAUUCUACAAGAAAACUACCUGGUUGCACUCUUUGAGAAAGAGAGAAAAGAAAAUCUUCGGAGACUGUUUGAGAUUAUCGACAUUACCAAAGUUUCAUCACCACACUUACUGACGAAGAUAUCUGGAUAUCUUGGAAGCUCGCUAUUGGAGUCUAUUGCAAUCAAGUUCUUUAGGGAACUAAGAAAGUGUGGUAAAGAUGGAGGAGAGACAGUGUCAAGUUUUAUAUUUAGCUAUGCAACCUGCAUCCCAAAUUUAACGGCAAAGGAUGCUGUUUUGAAGUUCGAAAAGUUGCACAAAGAACUAGAUAUCAAGCCUUCAUCUACAUCUUAUACAAAGCUUAUUACUUAUCUUUAUGAAUCGAAUGAGGUAGCCACUGGCCCACUGCUCUCGAUGUAGCUGACAAAAUGCGUGAAGCAGGCCAGCCAUUGUUACAUACUAUUGAUUUAACCAAAAUUUUCUAAGUUUUGACAUGGUGAGAUGGUCUCUAAUAAAGACUUCUUUAAUGGAGGAAACGAAGGUCAUGGACCAUUCUUUAAAGCCAAUAAUGAGAAGAUCGGAU